GUGGGUGGGAGAGCUGUUGAAACAGAAGUCUGUCUUAGGACGAACAAAGUUUGCCUUGGUGGUUUGGAGAACUUUUCUGCUCACUUCUUCUCUGCAAAAAAAUUUCUUUUUUCAUCCACCUAUUUUUUUUUUUUAAUGAACUCUGGGGUCCAUUAGGGCAAAGCUUGAGUGUGGAAUGGCUGAACUGGUGCGAAUCCGUAAGAAACGGCUGCAGAUCCCCAUCUCUAGGCUGCGGAGCAUGUUGAAGCAGCUGGAGGAGAAAGAUGUCGACUUUGAGGAAAUCAGAAGGAAUCUGGAUUUCACAGCAUCGUUACUAGAGGCAGUUUACCUGGAUGGAACAAGGCAGUGUCUGGAGACUGAGGACGAUCUUCAGCAGCUGCAGUCGGACGGCGUGCCGUCAGAGGUCACCGACUGGCUGGCGUCCACCUUCACACAGAGGGUCCGACGGCCCGUGCGCCGCUCGGAUGAGAAGCCCAAGUUCCGCAGCAUUGUCCAUGCGGUGCAGGCUGGGAUAUUUGUGGAGAGGAUGUUCAAGAGGGCCUACACGGCAGCCAUGCCCGAUCAACCUGCUGCGGUCGUAAACUGCCUCAGGGAUGUUGACCGCUGGAGCUUUGACGUGUUCGCUCUGAAUUCUGCGAGCUCCGAUCACGCACUUCGAACUCUUUUCUUCGAGCUGAUCACCAGAUAUGAGCUCAACAGCCGGUUUAAGAUCCCCAUCUCGUGCCUGACGGAGUUCCUGUCUGCGCUGGAGAGAGGAUACUGCAGAUACAACAACCCCUACCACAGCCACGUCCACGCUGCUGACGUGACUCAGACCCUGCACUGUCUGCUGCUGCGCUCUGGACUCGUGCACUGGCUGACAGAGCUGGAGGUGAUGGCGUCUCUAUUCGCUGCAGCCAUUCACGACUACGAACACACAGGAACCACAAACAACUUUCACAUCCACACAAAGUCAGAGUUCGCAUUGAUGUACAACGACCGGUCGGUCCAGGAGAGUCAUCACCUGAGUGCAGCGUUUCGGCUGCUGCAGGACGACCAAAUGAACAUCUUCAUCAAUUUGACGCGAGAGGAGUGGAUGGAGCUGCGGACCCUGGUUAUAGAGAUGGUGUUGUCCACAGACAUGUCCUCCCACCUCCUCCAAGUCAAAGCCAUGAAAUCCUGCCUCCAACAACAAGAGCGCAGGAUUGACAAGCCCAAAGCCCUGUCUCUGUUACUGCACACGGCCGACAUAAGCCAUCCAUCCAAGCCCUGGGCGCUGCACUCUCGCUGGACCAAGUCUCUGAUGGAGGAGUUUUUCCAACAGGGUGAUAGAGAGGCGGAGCUGGGCCUGCCCUUCUCUCCUCUGUGUGAUCGAAAAAGCACUCUGGUAGCCGAGUCCCAGAUCGGUUUCAUAGACUUCAUCGUGUAUCCUACUUUCUCUCUGCUGACGGACAUGGCUGAAAAGAUUGUUAUUCCUCUGGUGGAGGAGAAUCCAGGUCCUCCAGACCCUUGUAACAGACACAGUAAUCUGUGGAAGGAGAGCUCCAGAGGUCUGCAGUGGAGUCUCGCUCACAUCACGGCAGAGCUGGUGAGCUUCCGCUCCACAUGGACACGACACACCGAAGACAACAAGCUCAAAUGGAAGGACAGCGGCUCCAAUGGAUUUUCAGAUCCCAAACUGACAGAAGAACAGACAUCCAGACAAGAGGAGCGCUCAGAAAACCCCCAGCAGGACCCCACCCCGGAUACAAACCAGUAAACGUUUUUUUACAAGUGCUUUUUUCAUAGAAUAAACCGAGGUUAACUGAGGUUGACAUUGAGUCACUGUUUGUAACAAGACCACAAUGUUCUGAUUGGUAGAUGAAAGUGGGGAGGAGAGGGGGUGUUAAGAUUAAGAUCAUCUUCCCAAGGUAAGAUGCAGUCACAGAAAAGUCCUCAUGUCUUAUUUCAAGUGUAGUUUAACUAUGCUAAUUUAAAUGCAAAGUCUACAUGCUGGCCAUGUUAUACAGUAAAGUCCCUGUACUUAAUUUAAAUUGCCACAUAAACGCUCAUAAGGAACAAUUUACUCUUUAUCUUUUGAAAUGAACAAGAAUCCUUUAAUCAACAAUCAUCAAUAAACCUUGAAAACAUGUCA